AUGGCGACCAACGCGCCCACAUCUUCAGUCGCGCCGGUGAUGGCGGCGACGGCGCCUGCGGACCAACCACCCAAAGCGCCCACCAAGACCGACGAUGGUGAUGAAUCGGAGUGGGAGUACGAGUACUCGACCACUGAGACCGAGGCCCAGACAUACUACCUGACUGUCGACCUCUCGAUCCCCCAGCUCCUACGCCGAAAGCGAAAUGCACCGGUCUCCGGUCGGGGAGGUUAUCACUACAAACACUGGGCAGGCCCUCACCGAAAACCCGACGAGCCGAAACACCACCGCAUCCUGUCGGACGACGAGAACGAUGACGAGCCCACGGCGGAGCCUGAGGAAGACGAAGAGAUGGACCAGGGCCAGAUGGAUCCGAACGCUGACGGCUUCGACGCAGACUUUGAGUCUGACCCGGCUGCCGACAUACAGAUCCUGGACCUACACUCUGACAAACCCAUGUUCGCAUACAAAGGGAAGGUUUUCGAGGGGCAGUGGUCACGCAACCUGGGCACGGAGGUCAUCUUCACAGAACACGAUCCGGAAAAUCCCAUCCCUGCUCUACGCCAUCUCCAGGGUGGUGUGGACAUGCUCGCAGCCAGCUGGUCACGCAUCAACACAAUGGAGAGGCGGCUGGAACCGAAGCAUGAGGCGGCAGCCAAGGACGACCCUUUGAAGGAAAUCAGAAGGCAGAACGGAAUCCAUAUACCCAUCACAGCAGACAAAACAGGCGAGCGAAAACGACAGACAAGGUUUCUGGAGAAUCUAAUGGCGCUGAAGGUUAAAAGGGGCGAAAAGGACGAAGUGACAGUGUACGCGCAUGCAGCUCCGAAGCAAAUCAACGAGGGCACGAACAGCCGAAGGAAAAGACGGAAGCCGUUGCCGGACGGCAGGCCGAAGAAGCGUCGGGGUCGCGGAGGCGGCGUCCGCGGGAGAGGUGGUCUAUCGACGAUGGAGGUCGGGUCUGACAGCAAAGCAGAGCCAGGCAGCGCAGCCGAGGCCGCGGCUACUCGAGAAGGAACCUUGUCUACGCCUACGCCAAUAACAUGGGCAGACCUGAGUGGACAUGCCGAAAGGGCGGGCACGGCUGCAGGCCCCAACGACGAUGAUGAAGCAAGCGAGAACGACACUGAUGACUACGAGGAAGGUGGGGACCUGGAAUAG